AUGUGGGGCAUCCAAGCUCCUCAAGCCACCAAGGCCUUAUUGUGGAGGGCUGCAAAGGAGUCCCUUGCUACGAAUAUGAACCUGCACAAGAGAAAGGUGGUGGAGUCUCCACUAUGCCCAAUCUGUCUCAGGUACCCUGAAUCAGUCUCACAUGCCCUCUGGACCUGUGCAGCAGCUCAAGAUGUGUGGUUAAAAAGCUCAAGAAGGGUUCAGAAACUGGACAUUCUAAAUGGCUCCUUCAAAGCAAUCCUAAUGCCAUUUUGGAGCCAACUGUCCAAGAGAGAACUCACAGAAGUUGCAAUAACUGCAAAGGCAAUUUGGCAUAGGAGGAAUACUUGGUUUUUUGAGAAAAAGUUUCAAUCCCCUUCUCAGGUGUCAAAGCAGGUUCAUGCUGAGAUGGUAGCCAUUGGUUCUCGUUCUAAAGUUGGAAUUGGUGUGAUUGUCAGAGAUUCGGAGGGCUUGGUUAUUGCCUCUCUAUGUUCUUCUAUUACACUAAAUCCUAAUCCAAUGCUUGGGGAAGCUGUAGCAGCUUUAAGAGCAACUAUCUUGUGUGCUGAACUGGGAUUAACUCAAAUCAUAAUAGAAGGAGAUGCUCUCAAUGUGGUUCAGGCUGUUCAAAGUGAAGAAGAAAAUUGGAACGCAUUUGGAAUGGUAAUUAGAGAUGUCAAGUCCUUAUUGUCAAAGGUUCGGGAGUGGUCAAUUCAACAUACCCAUAGGGAGUUCAAUGUAAUUGCCCAUACUCUAGCAAAAUAUGCUCUGACUUGUUCAGACGAUUGUAUCCUUCUGGAGGACUACCCUCCAUGUAUCCAGCAUUUACUCUAA